CGGGAAUUAAACUCGGAAGUUCGCUUCAGUAUCCGAACGCAAUCCGAAACUCGACCCCAAAGAAUCCAAAAACGACUUGGAUUCGGAGUUUGUUACCCUUUCUUAUCGUGACUGGCCUGGAGCACCGUCACAGAACCACUACGCUUUUUUUUUCGUCAACCUUUUUUAAACCCUUUUUUGAAUAAUUUUGUUUAUACUCUCUCUUUUCUCUCCAAUAAGCUCUUUCGACUCUUCGCUUUUCUCUUUUCCCCACCUCUUGCUUCUCCCUUCUCUCUCUCGGUCUCCUCAUGGUUCCAUUCAACCUAUUCGACGGUUUUCCCUCCCCAUCUCUCUGAGGGGAAACCCUAAUCGUUCCCCGAAUCGGCGAGUCUAUUUCUUCGGAGGCAUCAGGUGGGUGAAAGAAAGGCGGAUUUAUGUCCUUCAAUCAAUCCAAGGUGGAAAAGAGCGAGGGCCAGCAGCUGAGGAAGACCGAUCGUUCCGGCAGCUCCGGCCAGCAAAGAGGAUAUUCCGGCGGCAGCGGCGGGAAGGGCGGCGGCUCCGCCCCUCCUCCCCAACUCUCCUCUUCCUCUUCGUUUCCCUCCUCGUCGAACAACCCACACAUCUUGCCGAAUCGGAGUUUCAAGAACUCCGGAAAUGGACAAGGAGGGUCGUCUAGGGCGAAUUCAUCUAAUUUGAGGGCGAGUGAUGCUGUUGCCCCUGCAGCUCCCGUUGCUCUGCGGGGCGCGCAGAAUGGUGGCCAUGUCCAGCCACCCUUUCAUGGACCAUCUGAUGCACCAGCAUCAAGUGCUUCAAAACCUGUGGAUGUACCCAUCCCAAGAAACUCCCGAGCCCAUCCAAGGGCUCCAAUUUCUCAGUCUGCUGCAGGACCUUCCAAUUCCGCAACCCCUGUGGUUCCAGCCAAAGGUGAUGGAUCCAAGACAUUUACUCUUCAAUUUGGAUCUAUAAGUCCCGGUAUUGUGGAUGGAAUGCAGAUUCCUGCUCGGACUUCCUCAGCUCCACCUAAUCUGGAUGAGCAGAAGCAAGGCCAGGGCCGCCAUGGUUCAUUUAGGGGAGCAUCCAAAGUGCCUAUACCCACUGGACCACAGCAGCCACAACCUCCUAAGAAGGAUGCAGGUGGUAUUAGCCAAUCUAAUGCUGGAGGGUCUCUACCUCCUGCCCAGGUAAAACAGGAUAUGCACUCACAAAUUUCAGCUGCCCCUGCUGUACCACUACCCAAAUCUUCUGUUCUUCCUAUAGCUGGGAUAUCUAUGCCAAUGGCCUUUCAACAGCCCCAUGUUCCCCUGCAAUUUGGUGGCCCCAAUCCUCAGCUGCAGUCACAGGGUGUUGCAGCAAGUUCAUUGCAAAUGCCUAUGACAUUACCUGUUGGAAAUGUUGCCCAAGUACCACAACAAAUGUUUCUUCAUGGUCUCCAGCCUCAUCUUCUGCAGCCUCAACCGAUGAUGCACCAGGGACAAAGCUUGGGCUUUGCAUCUCAAAUGGGUCACCAACUGCCUCCUCAGUUAGGAAACCUUGGAAUCAGUAUUCCCACCCAACAGUUUGCGCAACAGCAGCCUGGAAAAUUUGGUGCUCCUCGCAAGAUCACUGUAAGGAUUACUCACCCAGAGACCCAUGAGGAGUUGAGACUUGGUAAAAGGACAGACUCAUAUACUGAUGGCGGUUUUACUGGGCAAAGGCCCCUGCCCAAUGUAGCCUCUCAAUCUCAACCUCUUCCGCCAUUUACUCCCUCCCAUUACGGUCCUCCAUUGCAACCAAAUGCCUAUAACCCAUCCCAGAUGCUCUUCCAUACCUCCACUUCUCUUCCUUUGACAAGCAGUCCAAUGCCUUCUGGUUUGCAGGCACCAAGAUAUAGCUAUUCAGUUGGCCAGAGUGGCCAAGCCAUUUCAAUCACGAAUCCAUCUGUCAUUAAGCCUGUGCCUGGUAGCAAAUAUGGGCCUCCUCUGCAUAGUCUUUCUGAAUCGCUGAAAGUGGAAGCUGUGCCAGUCUCUGCUUCAUCAGCUCCAGUUCAGGGGAUGGCAAAGUCAGUUGUUGGUUUGCAGGGAAAUAAAGCUGGAACUUCUUCAGUGACAGUUAGCAUGCCCAUAAGCAAUGCCGAAGCACCUAGGGUGUCAAAGCAUUUUGGAGAAGCCACGGCUUCUCAUCCACAAAGAGACAGGAAGAUCACUGUAGAAAGUUCUGUUCUGCAGUCCAAAUCAGCUUCUCAGUCAUUGCAGACCACACAGGCUACAACUUCAUCAGUUCCUGUUACUCCUCAUGGGGAUUUUGAACCUGAUGAGACAGGAACUGAUUGCGGAGGAAAAGAACCUGUCCAAAAAUUGGACUUAUUGAAGGAUAACCACAAAUUGCCUAAUAAAAGGGACCUCGGACAUUCACUACACUUGCAACAGAAAGAUGCUUCUGAAUCUGCAGAUGGAUUGUCCAGAAACUCUGAGAAAGUUCAGGAAUUUUCAGGGGCAGAUAUGUCGAUUGCUACCACUAGCUUGUCUUCACUUAGUUUGAGACAAAAAAGUUCAAGUGAAAUUAGAAAUUCUAAAGCUGUUGAAAGUCAAUUAGUCCCUACUGAGUCAGAAUCAUUUGGGGUUAAUUUGGUGAAGGAAAUAUCACAAGAUGUUUGUUUGAGAGCUGACAGUGGAAUUCUACUUGAAGAGAAAGGUUCUGCCGAGACAUCAACUUCUUUGGGUCUUGAGAUGGAUGAGACUGUACCUAAGAAGUCAUAUCCUACUUUUGGUCAGGACAAUUCUAUCUUGUUAGAUGUUGAACCAGGACAAGAAGCACAUGCAGAAAAGGAACAUGGGGAAACUGAAGUGUUUAGUGAUUCCUCACGAGAUACUGGUAAUGCUAAACCAUAUCGAAAAUCUGUUUUUACAGAAUGUGUUGAAGUUGGAAAACCAGUUGAGUUGGCUGAGCAAGAUGGGGCUGGAGGAGAUAAUUCAGAAAUUUUGACUGCCUGUGGAUCUUUUGAUGCUGAAAGGCAACAGUCCGGUUCCUCCAAUGGAGCAGUGGGGCAAAGCUUGGUGGUUGAGAAGACGACUGAGGAAUCAGACAUCUCUGCUAGGACAUGUUCGGACUUCACCAAAGCUGAAGCAGUUUCUUCUAGUCACCUUUCAUUUUCAAAUAUUGAAGAAGAAAAGCCUUCCUCUCCAGAUGCCAUCGCAAAUACAAGCAAAGAAAUAGACAGCCAGGAUGUUGGCUCGAGUAAUCCUGAUGUCUUGCAACCAGGGAUAGCUGUUUCAGCCCCUGUUACUUCUAAGGUGACAGAGAAACUGGAAGAAAAAGUUACAGAGCUGUCUAGUGAAGAUCCAGCUUCAGUUUUGUCAUAUGGGCCAAAGGACAAGCCUGUUUUAGAGCCUCCCAGGGUCAAGCCUUCUUCUGGAAAAAAGAAGAAGAGGAAGGAAAUUCUCUCAAAAGCUGAUGCUGCAGGAACUUCAGAUCUUUACAAUGCGUACAAGGGUCCUGAGGAAAAACAUGAAACUACCAGUAACACAGAAAGUGUGGAUAGUCCUGUAGUAGUGGAUGCUAACCAACAUGUGACUGCAGAUACCAAUAAUGACGUUGUUGCUGGUGAGGGAGAUGGCCGGAGCAAAGUUGAAGUGGAUGAUUGGGAAGAUGCAGCUGAUAUCUCAACUCCAAAGUUGAGAAUACCUGAGAAUGGACAGCAAGCCAGUCGAGCAAAGACAUAUAAGGAUGAUGACAGAAAUGAGACCGUGAACAGAAAGUAUUCCAGGGAUUUUCUGUUAACAUUUUCAGAGCAAUGUACUGAUCUUCCUGAAAGGUUUGAGAUUAAACCUGAUAUAGCUGAUGCUUUUAUAAGUGCAUCGGUUGCUGUUUCCCGUGUUGUUGACCGCGAAACCUUUCUAAGCCCCGGAAGGAUUACAGAGAGAUCUCCAGGAAUUUCCCGGGUGGAGCGCUAUAUGGUCGGCAUUGUGGAUGAUAAAUGGACGAAGGCAUCCAGUUCCUUUGCUUCUGUACGUGACCUUCGGCCGGAGGUUGGACAUGGAGGAGCUGUUAUGAACUUUCGGCCAGGACAAGGAGUCAGUCAUGGGGUUUUAAGACAUCCACGUGGGCAAUCAUCUGGUCAGUUUGCUGGAGGCAUUCUUUCUGGGCCAAUGCAAGCAAUGGCAUCUCAGGGAGGGAUACCACGUAAUGGUGCUGAUGCAGACAGGUGGCAGCGCUCUCCUGGCACUCAGAGAGGGUUAAUACCUUCUCCUCAAACUCCUGCACCAGUAAUGCACAAAACUCAGAAUAGAUAUUUAGUCGGUAAAGUGACUGAUGAGGAAGAGACAAAGCAAAGACGAUUAAAAGCCAUACUGAAUAAGUUGACGCCUCAGAAUUUUGAGAAGUUAUUUCAGCAAGUCAAAGAAGUUAAUAUUGAUAAUACUGUUACUCUUUCUGGUGUAAUCUCGCAGAUUUUUGACAAAGCUUUGACGGAGCCAACUUUCUGUGAGAUGUAUGCUGAUUUCUGCUACCAUCUUGCUAGUGAAUUACCUGAUUUCACUGAUGACAAGGAGAAGAUUACUUUUAAAAGGUUGCUUCUGAAUAAGUGCCAAGAGGAAUUUGAAAGAGGGGAGAGAGAAGAAGCUGAAGCUAAUGAAGCUGAAGUGGAAGGUGAGGCUAAACAAUCUGAAGAGGAAAGGGAGGAGAAAAGGAUCAAGGCACGGAGGCGUAUGCUGGGAAAUAUUCGAUUAAUUGGUGAAUUGUACAAGAAAAGAAUGCUGACGGAGAAAAUUAUGCAUGGAUGCAUCAAGAAGUUGCUCGGGCAGUAUCAGAAUCCUGAUGAGGAAGAUAUUGAAGCCUUAUGCAAGUUGAUGAGUACAAUUGGCAAGAUGAUAGAUCAUCCCAGGGCCAAGGAACAUAUGGAUGCAUAUUUUGACAUGAUGGCAAAACUAUCAACACAUCAGAAGCUAUCAUCUCGGGUUAGGUUCCUGUUAAGGGAUGCAAUUGAUCUGAGAAAGAACAAAUGGCAACAAAGAAGGAAAGUUGAAGGCCCGAAGAAAAUUGAAGAGGUGCACAGAGAAGCAGCUCAAGAACGACAAGCUCAAGCAAGUAGAUCCACCCGUGGUUCUGGCAUUAGUGUUGCCUCAAGAAGAGGACCAUCCAUGGACUAUGGUACACGGGGAUCCACUAUAGUACCUUCUCCAAGCUCCCAGAUUGGUAAUAUAAACAAUUUGCCACCUCAGGUCCGUGGGUAUGGAUCUCAAGAUGUUCGAUUGGAGGAUAGACAUCCAUCUGGAAGUAGAACAUUGUCCUUUCCCCUUCCUCAAAGGCCUUCUGAUGAUGAUUCACUUACCCUUGGCCCCCAAGGUGGACUUGCUAGGGGUAUGUCUGUUAGAGGACCGUCUUUGAUCUCAAAUGUUCCCUUGGCUGAAAUUUCUCCCAGUGUUAAUGACCAACGUAGGAUGCCACCAGGUCCAAAUGGUUACAAUAGGACGCCUGAUUGGAUACCUGCCAGCUCAAAAGAAGAAAUGCCAAAACAUAUGCCAGAAAGGUUCUCUGGGGCACCACAUGAUGUAAUGAAUCCUCAAGAUUGUAAUACUUACCAUGGGAGCAGGGACAAGAUUUUGGAUCGUUCUUCUGAUAGGUCUGCAGCAACUAUCCUUCCUGCAGGUCAUGCACAGGGAUCUUUAAGUGGCAGUGCAGGUGCACAUUCUGAAGCAAAACAGUUAUCUGAAGAGGUUCUUUGUGAAAAAUCAAUGUCAGCAAUAAGGGAAUUCUAUAGUGCCAGAGAUGAAGGGGAGGUAUCUCUGUGCAUCAAAGAGCUGAAUUGCCCGAACUUCUAUCCUGCCAUGAUAUCACUGUGGGUCACAGACUCCUUCGAGCGGAAAGACAUGGAGAGGGAUCUCUUGGCUGCACUGCUUGUCAACCUUUGCAAGUCUCAAGAUAGCUUGCUUGAUCAAGUACAACUCAUCCAGGGGUUUGAAUCUGUUCUCACCUCGCUGGAGGAUGCUGUUAAUGAUGCUCCUAGAGCUGCAGAGUUUCUCGGUCGCAUCUUUGCAAAAGUUAUAUUGGAGAAUGUGGUUCCGCUCAGAGAGAUAGGACAGCUUAUCCACCAAGGUGGGGAAGAGCCUGGGCGCUUAUUAGAACUAGGGCUUGCAUCCGAAGUUCUUGGCAGCAUCUUAGAGGUGAUCGAAAUUGAGAAAGGGGAAGCUAUUUUGAAUGAGAUCCGUGUGAGCUCCAAUCUUCAGCUGGAGGAUUUCCGACCGCCGCAUCCAGUCAAGGCAAACAAACUGGGUGCCUUUCUUUAAAGAUGAGGAUUCUUUGUUUUUGGUUAGAUUAUUAUGUAUAGGUCUUUUAGGGUUCUCCCUUUGGAAAUGCUUGUCCUGUAAGGGUUUUUAUUAUAUAUAUACAUAUAUUAAAAAUUUUCCAAUGCCUUGAUACAAUUCACAUCUUCAAUACUGUGAACUAGGUAUCAUCGGAGCAGCUUAGCUUGUGAAUUAGAGUCGGAGAACGUCAGUUUGCUUUGUCCUGGAAAUUGGGGGAUGUAUAAAAUUCUCGCUUGGGGGCUUCGGUUUGCCUUUUGCUA